GGUUGUGCUUUCUUUGCUUUUCUCUACAGGUCAAACAAUCAAUUGUGCAAACACUUCAGCUUCGGAGUUAAUGACAGUUUUAGGAAGUGACGCUUGGUCACAGUAAGAUCAGGAAACUGAAAAAGUGACUGGUUGAUACUGUUAUUCUCUGCGGAGCGAUGGAGGGGAAGAGUCGACUUGUGAGAUGAAACUUGUAAACAUUUAUUGACUGCAUCGAGACCGCCAGAUGUGAACAACUUUACAUCCAAUUUACUCAUUUGCAUAGAUAUAAAAGCAAAUACAUUUCUGAAACAUGGCAGGACUGCAUGUAGGGGCGAAGCUAUAGAAGGUCACUGAAGCGCUCAGUUAAUACAGGGAGGCUGAACCGCUGAGCAGCUCGGAGUCCAGGAAUGUUUUAUGUCUUUUCGACAUGUCACAUUCAGAUGGACACUUGUGAAGUGCUGAUAGUUCACACUGAUGAAGCUGAAGAGUGGGCUAAGUACCUCCAGAAUGUGUUUAUUUCAUCGCGCAAGUUUUCCAAGAAGUCAGUUUUUUUGAAACAAGUUGAAAAGAACACUCCUCUAGGACAGUCAGAAAUGGAUGACUUUCACAAGAGCAAGUGCAUUCUGUUGUUGCUCUCAAUGCAGUUCUUGGAAAAUCUGUAUAUCCCGAUUGUUCUGGAGACUUUUCUGAAAGUUCUGCACCCUCCAAGCAAGAUGGUGCUGCUGUUUUGUGGGGUAACAGAGUCUGAAGGUCUGGAACAGUUUUUCAGUGACUGGCAGAAGUGGAAACGGCUCUACCCCGAGGACGAGACAACAACCUAUAUUUCCACAGUUCUACAGACCAUUUCUGAAGACUCAGGUUGUGACAGUGUGACUGACAGCGAGGCAGAGUCAGAGGUAAAUCAUGUCUUGGAUAAAAAGGCUGAGCAGAAGGAUGAGCCCAAGCAAACUGAACCUAACCAUGAAGAGUUUGUUGUCGAAAAAGAAGAGCUCAAAAGUGAAUCCACAAGAUCUGUCAACGACAAAUGCGUUGCCAUUCUGCCAAACAGAAUACAGUGUGGGACCCAGGUGAAUGUGUACAUAAUUCUGAAAUGUAAGUUAAAAAAACAAAUAAAAACUGAAGUGGAGUUUUCAUGCAAAAAUUGUGCCUCUAAACGAGAGUCAGGUGUGUUGGAGAAUGAAUAUACAGUCUCUGCCAAGGCACCUGACAUGCCCUCUGGAUCCGUCUUGGUGACUUUGUACAGUGGGGACUUAACUGUCUGCUCGAUGCCUAUAACAUACUACACUGGCAUGGGGGAAAUCAGUAACUUUCUUGAAAAUGCCAUAAAUCCAAUGGAGUUCAUGUGCCAGGCUUUUAACAUCACAUCAUGCUGUAGAGAAUCACUGGACAGAUUACUGACGGAAUCAUUGAAGACAAAUAUGCCUGUAUCUGGGCUUCAUCUAUUUGGAAUUAACCAGCUCGAAGAAGAAAAUAUGUCAGCAUACCAACGGAAUGAGGAGCUGCCUACAUUGCUUCAUUUUGCUGCUAAGUAUGGACUGAAGAAGCUUACAACUGUCUUGUUGCAGUGUCCUGGUGCUCUCCAGGCUUACAGUGUAGUUAACAAAUACGGAGACUAUCCCAACAAUAUUGCUGAAAAGAAUGGCUUCCGAGACCUGCGUCAAUUUAUGGAUGAGUAUGUUGAAACGGCAGAUAUGCUGAAGACUCACAUUAAGGAAAGCAUCACACAAGGAGAGGAUGAGGACAUAUAUGAGUCUAUGUCCAAUACCUCCAGAGACAUCCUGAUGAGGUACUCUCUGAACCCAGGGUGUGAUGAAGACAUCUAUGAGUCAAUGAUGGAGUUGAAUCCUGACUGUAUAGAGGACAUAUAUGAAGACAUGGACAAGGCAUUAAGACAAGCAUCUGAUGUCCCUGAUCCCUUUGCAGUGAAUACACAGGAAACUAUGCUCCGGAAGUUUCUGGAAGGCAAAUCGGAGAAAUGUCCUAAAACUGAGGUGCCAGAGGACACGGACAACCGUGUUAAGGAAGGGGAGGAGGUGCAGUCGGAGAUUGAGGAGGAAGAGGAGGACCCUUACAAGUUGUGUGUGGAGGAUGAUGUCUACGACACGGUCGAGCAGGGUGCCAGCUACAUCCCAGAGAUAGUCAAUCGUCCGCCUGCGCCCAUUCCCAGGCCCUCUGUCUGCAGUGAUCCAGAAGAGAGAGAGGCGUACAUUUCCAAAGUAUUUUCUGAAAAGCAAGCAUCAAAACCUGAAAAUCUUUAUGUUCGAGGAAAGGUGUUGGCAGUGAGACCAGUGAGGGACAGACCUCCCACAACCACCUAUGACCCGUUUGCUGGAAUGAAAACCCCAGGCCAGAGACAGCUAAUUCUGCUUCAGGAGAAGGUGAAGCUGGGUGAUAUCACUGUAGAAGAGGCUGUCCAGGAGUUCAAGGAAUGGCAGCUCAACCAGAAGAGAAGGUCAGAGUCCCUGCGAUUCCAACAGGAAAAUCUGAAGAAAUUAAGAGACAGCAUUACAAGACGACAGAAAGAAAAGCAGAAAUCAGGAAAGAACAUAGACUUGGAGAUAACUGCUCCUAUUCAACAAUUUUCCAACAACAAGUCUGUGAUGAAUAUGGAGUGUGCGGUUUAUGAACCUAGCCCCCGAGUAAUGUUUCCUCCACCUGCCCCAGCUCAAGUGAUUCAUAGAGGAAACUGGCAUACUGGGAGCACCACCAGUACAUCCAGCAAUGAGAGCAACAGAUCAAGCACACGCAGCAGUCUGAGCUUCAGCAGUGGAGCAGAAGCAGACAAUGAGGAUAUUUCAGAGAGUUACCCUGGCCCCAGUCCUCCUCCACGUAUCCAAGAGGAGGUGCCAGACCUGCCACCACCCCGAGUUCCACGCAUCCAAGAGGAGCUACCAGACCUGCCACCACCCCGAGUUCCACGCAUCCAAGAGGAGCUACCAGACCUGCCACCACCCCGAAUUCCCCCACGGCCCCCUGCCAGGGUUCCAGAGCGCUCUAUCAAUGAUCGCUAUGUCGCCUGUCCCCCUCGUCCAGUCCCACAACUGCCCCCUCGUCAGCCAAGCCCACCUCCGCCUAUCCCACGUCGAACACGAUAAUUGAUGGCUCACUGGCCGGCAUGGUUCUUCCUCUCAGUGUUGUUUGUGAACUGCUCCCACAAACCCUGAGUUGAGUGGGAAUGCAGAGGUGCAGGUGUUGAAUAGCCUGAUACUUUCUGUGGAGUUAACGUUACAUGCGGUUCUUACCCGCAGUAAGUACAAUUGGUCUCAGGAAUUUGUUCCUGUACUGUUCCCAUGUUCGAGGAUGAAAAUGCUAAAUCUGCUUCCAUUACAUAGAAACCACUUGUUACAGUAUAUAUCAGUCCUUUAAAUCCAGGAAUUCUAGAACUAUGUAUCUGAUUUUUUUUUCUGUUUUUUUGUCUAACAUUUUCAUGCAUGUCUAUGAUUUCCAUUUUCUUUAGUGGACAAAGUCCAAACUUCCAGCCUGCUGCGCAGAACUUGGAUACUAGUCCACACAUUUAGUUUUGUUUAUUGAUUAGGUAAUUUUACGAUAGUGUACUGUAUGCUCUGUGAAUUUUUAUCUGUGUGUAAUAUUUUUUUGAUUAAACAAAUAAGCAGAUUGUCUACCAGUCAAAGAUUUUAAUUCAACAAAAAUCACAAAAUAAUAUAUUUUAUGAGUAUGUUACUAUUUUUUCAAUUAAAUCCAUCCAGAGUCCUUCUAUAAUGACAGAGUUGUGUAAAAAUUGUAUUUAAUAUAAUAUAUUAUUCUCCUUAAUUUAUAUAAAAAACAAAGCAAAAAGUAUGACUGUAUUUAUGUAAUCAUACUCUUCAUAGUCAAUAUGGAAUUUGAAGGAGAAAAUGCUGGAUUUUGAGUAGUACUCUCUGAAUCAUAUAAUAUAUUAAUUCUAAAAUAUUUUACGGAAAAUGUGUUCUUGCACUACUUUGAGUAGGUUACAUAUAGAGCCCAGUGUUAAUGCUUAUUAAUGCAACUAUUAUAUAUGCUAUGCAUGUUUCAUUUAUGUUUUCUAAAAAUAUUUUCUAAACGUACAGUGCCUUGCAAAAUUAUUCAGUGACCAGGAUGAGUAACCAGGAUAUUGUUGAUCCAUGGACAUUCUCUCCCACCUCAGCUUCAGAAUUUUGCAAUUCUUCCAAAAUCACCUCUGGCCUUACGGUAGAACCCCUGACCUUUUUCCUCCUUUUCCAGCUGCUCAGUAUGGAGGGAUAGAUUGAUCUAGGCAGUAUCUGGGCACAUCCUACUUCUUUAAUGAUCAACUUCACCUUGCUCAAAGAAAUAUUAAAACAAUGUUUUAUACCCUUCUCCCGAUCUGUCCGUUUAUGCAGCUUUAUUUCUGACUUGCUUUGGAGGCUUCUUGUUCUUCAUGGUUGAAUCUUUGCUGGAAAUUCACUACAUGACUGAUGGACCUUAAAGAAAUACAGUAUGUGUAUUUGAAAUCAUGUUUAACCACUAUUAUUGCUCACUAAGGCCACUUGACAAAUUGUGUGGCUUGUUGAAGUAAUUUUAUGUACCUAAAUUAAUUUGGUUUUGUCACAGCAAAGGGUUUAAAUACUUAUGCAAUCAUGACUUUUCCAUUUUCUUUCAUACAGUAUUAGUUAUGUAUUUGAUUAUUUCUUUUUGUUUUUUGCUUUGAAUGUGUUGAGGUUCAGAAAACGUUUGCAAAACACUGUUGUUGUAAGUCUGUGACAAGUUCUGAAACAAAGUUCUAACAUUUUAGAAGAGCUGUGUUGUUUUACACUGGAGGAAAAUGUUUUAAAAGUUGUUUGAUCAGUUUCUGGAUAUGUUUGGUCAUGUAGUUGUGCUUGCCAAUCAUGUAGAACAAUCUGCCUUUGUUUCUUGGUUUAAUACAAAACAAAGGUUUCAUUCAGCAGUGUUACUACCUUCUAAUCUGGUUAGUACUUUAAGUGUAUCCCAGUAUGAUGACUAGGAACACAGUGCAAAAGACUGUUCUUUGGGUUAAACUGAAUAUUGCCUUGAUUUCUAAAGAUUACAAGGCACUCUUCAGGAGACUAGACAUUCAACACCAUUAACCAUUGUGUCCUGAUGUUGUGGAGUUUGGUUAUUGUGGGCUUAUACAAUCUAGCAUAUCUAAUUGCCCCUUUAAUUCUCUAUGUGAUUUGUGUCGUGGGGCUCAUGGCACAUAGUGGCUGCCAUGCAUCAACUAGAUGGGGUCUGUACUUCAGUGGUGGAUGAAGUAGAUCCCCUCCUAUAUGUUAAGCACUUUGAGAUAAAAUCAAUAAUUAAUAUUGAUUAUUAUUAAUCGCUGGGAACAUUUAGCAUAUUUUCUCAAGUCUAAAAAUAAGUUUUGUUUGAUUUUUCUGUUGUGAUAUGUACUAAAACUAGUAAAAUAAUGUUUGCCUUUCUUUGCCAAAUCAUUCAUGAAGCCAGGGUUAUGCAUGACAUUAUUAUUAUUAUUAUUAUUUUUGUGUAACAGCUGAAAAAAAACAGUUAAAGCACAGUACUAAAAAUGCCAUAAAGUAGUCAGAAUGAAAUGUACAGUAUGUUACAUGUCAACACAUUCAUUUUAGAUUUGCAUAGAAAUUAUGUUUUUUUAUGUUCUGAGUUAGAAAAGCUGAUUCACUGUUUGCACUAUGUUUUAAAACAAAGCCACAGAGAGUGAUGUGUGGCACAACAAAUUCAUUGCAUAGCAUCCUUACAAUCAUGACUCUAUUCUCGAUCAAAAACCUGCUUUAGAGUUGAACAAAAAAUGUGAUUUAUAUUAACUUUUUGACAAUUUCUUUUGUUUCACUUUUGUCAGAUUAUUUUGUUUCAAUC